AUGAGAGAAUCCAACUAUAGAUCCAUUGCCAACAACAGAGCCGCCGUCACCAUCACCACCAGCCUCUACGACCGGCGGGCGCUCGACGUCACCUCCGAUAAGCCGCUCGUCAACUCGUUGAACCACUUGACGUACUUGGUGUCGUCGAGUGCGAAGGUGCGCGAGACGUUGGCCAACGACGGCGGCAUCGAGCGCUUGGUGGCCAUUCUCCACGAGUGCCAGUCCUGUAGGUUUGCGUCUCUCGAUGCGCUCCACACCAGCGAGCAGAAGCUCUUGACCGCAUGGAAGUGGACCUUGGCGUUCCAGUGCAUCGUGCUCAUCGGCACCCGCGGAACUGAAAAGAUACGACAGAAGGUGGUCUGCGCAGGCAUGCUUCCCGUCAUCGCCACUAUUUUCGAUAACUACCGCUGCCUUCGUGACCAUGCCUUUGCUGCUGGUCAGUCUACGGUGACUGGGCCUCCCGCGUGUCCGUAUAUGAUGGGCCAAUUUGACAAUGCCACUGCGACCGGCGGAACUGCUUUAGCGCCUGGUAACAACGGCCUUCCUGGUAUGGCCACUGUGCCUCAAAAUGGGCCCGCAGGUGGCUUUGGCUUGGCACUCCAGCCGAAUAUGGCUACCGACAACAUUAUUCCUCAGGCUGGUACCUUCAUGGAUAUUCGAUUGCCUGGAAAUGGGCCUGCUGCUCCUACUACCGCCAAUGUUGUUCCACCCACCGGAUUUGCGCCCGCUGCUACUGCCACUGCCCCCACUGCUGCUGUUCCGGUUGCUACUAAUCCAUUUUUUCAACCAACUGCCCCCAACCCUAUCCCUUCCCUUUAUAUGUUUCCUCUUGGUAACCAAUCUCCAGUUGUUGAAAAUACAAACCGGUAUCAGCUCAAUGCUCUGGGCGGCCUAACCUGUGAUGACUAUGACAAAUUGACAAUUCCGGAAUUGCUCAAACUCGUCAAGAACGACGCUGCCUCGAGCCCAUCCACCCUCGAAUCCAACCCAGGCAUAGCCAUCAGGAGAAGAUACUUGACAGUGUUGCUCCUAAACAAGUUGAAAGAAUCAAAGGAAAACGAGCUUCCUAUGAGCUAUUUGUCGGACGACAACUCGAUUGAGAUGGACACAAACUUGAACUUUUUGAUGGAUUUAUACUUGCAGGACGAGAGAUCAAUCCAAACCUCAAACACAAUCAGCACAAAGAUUGCUCCAAGAAACUUUACCGACAAAGGCAUCAUAAUUCCACGCGAUGACGACGUCGUAUGGUGUCUACAGCUUCUAGCAUACGUCUCCAAAUACCCCUACCUCAAGGACAUCUUGCAGAACACACAUUUAAUUCCCAACAUGAGCAUCAGAGAAAGGCAGUUGCGGAUGCUUACGACAGAGAAGAUCGGUUCCUCUAAUCAAAGAGGUCUCGGUCGGCGACCAAUCGGGAACAGGGAAACUCUAGUACCUAAAUCCAGAAAAGGGCGCCUCUUCACUCCUAACACCCUUCCUGGUUCUCAUGUUGGUUCCUCCAACAAUGUGAAUACGUUUAUAGAUGGAUGCGACCCAUCUCUGGAUCAUUUGUGCGAUGAUUUGAAUAUUCGAAAUGAGACAUUUAGCUUGGCUGGAAAUACUAUCGAGCAGUAUGAAAAAGUCAAUCACACUGCUUCUUCCACUGAGGACAAUCAUGAAUCUGACGUGGACUUGGAUGACUUCGACGAAGAUAGUGAUCACAAGGCAAAGGAUGAUGACGAAGAAGUCGACGAGUAUCUCUCCCAAUUUGAGGAUAAUGUUACUCUACAGACCCCAAACUCCACUCAUCUUAGCUCGAUGUAUGAUUCUAUUGUUGAUGCUGAAUCCAUUUCCCACGAUUUGGAAAGAAGACUCGCCCUCAAUCACUUGAGCUCAAAAAUGAGCCGUCUUGCCAAGUUAGAAAGCCAGAAAUUGUCUAACGCUAUAAUUGAUAAAAGAUUAGAGCAAAAAAAUAACUAUGCUGAGACUUGGAACUACAACACCUAUCAGCAUUUCGACAUUGACGAGGAUACUCAUGAUGGAUUCACGGAUGUGGACGAGUCUCUACUCCAAUACCAAAAAAUUAAUUUGUUUCCUAUGGUCGAGCAAUUCACCUUCUACGGUGGAACCGACAUGUACUACUGGUCUGGAGUAAUCAUGAGAAACUCUUGUCGUCGGAAUGACUUCAAGGGUGGCGUUAGACAAUGUGGUAACUUAGAAUGUGGAAAAUGGGAAAAAUAUCCCAGAGAGUUCAGCAAAUGCAAGAGAUGCAAACGAACCAAGUACUGCUCUAGAGAAUGUCAAACAAGAGCAUGGACUUGCCACAAGAACUGGUGUGUUCCAAGCAACUCUUCUAAUUCCACAGCUACUAAUGACUCCGUUCCAACUCAAGCUGAUGCCAAUACCGAACGUGCUGGAAACGUUGCCACGGCGGGAUCUGAUGGUGAAGGUAUUGCAUUUAGUUCCAGCGAGUAUCAGCUGGCUCACCCUUCCGAUCAAGAUUCGCAGCCGAUGGAUUUGUAG